AUGCCCUCUCGUCACCCUUUCCCCUCCCGGCACUGUCUUCAACUGCAAUUCUCUGGAACUGCACUUGACUACGCUAAGCAUGAUGGUGAAGGAGGAGGGUCGAUCGGCAUUGGAGAUUCUAUACUUGCUAGCAUCAACGGUGGACGAUUAUACACCUUGGUGAAUGUGGAGGAGUGUCAGAGGUUGGAUGUUGGAGGGGAAGUGAAGAAGGCUAUGAACGACGCGGCAGCAGCAGCAUCAUCUACCUAUGCUUUGGUACUGUCCUACCCACCCGACAGUGAGGCUAAGCACCUGCAAAAAGAGUGUGAUAUAACAUCAGUACUCUCACCAGGGGAGGCUCAUAUCAAUGGGGACUGGAUGCUCUUUAGGCCCGGUGAUAAGGUCUAUGCGCCUUCAUCUAUCGAUAAUGGCCGUUUUCUACCUGCUGUUAUUGCUGAAGACCACCGAACAGGAGAGCCGACGGAGGCGCACGAGACUCUGCCAGUUGCAUUCACUCGUGGAGGAGGAGGCAAGAAAAUCGAGAGGGUUCCACGGUCAUUUAUUUUCCGCCGCUCUUCGAUGCAAGAUGAGGGAGACCAGUCAUCUGUCUCGCCGGGUGCCGAGAAGAAGAGAGGGACAAAGCGCGGUGGUGGGGAAAAGGGAGAGGGUCAAGGGGUCGCAUGCCGUAAACAUCGCAAAGUGGCUACUUCCACAUCUGACCAGCUGGAGGCCAGCGACUCUCCGGGUCAUAAAAAAGUGCCACUACUGGAGGAACUUGGCCUCUAUGAUGAUGACGAGGAGAAGGGGGAAGGGAGUUCGACACGGAUGACCGAUGAGGAAUGGAAGGUGGUUGAGAAGAGUCUACAUAUUCUCAGGAGGUUCGGAAUAGACGCUUUAGUUAACUCAGAAAAACGGGAGGUUUUCCCUGUCCCCAGCACUCAGAAAGUGGGGUCGACAGUGAAGAGUGGAAUUCGCCAUCAGAUCUUCGUAGAUGGGUCGAACAGGGUGUGGAUAUUCAUGCUAGUACACUCAGAGAUCACCGUGGCCUCGGAAGAAGGAGAUGUCUGA